CGUUCACCACCCUCCCAUCAUCCCCCCUCUACCCUUUCGCCAUUGCUUUCUCAAAUCCGAUCUCCUACGACUCAGUGUCUGUCCCUGGUCGCGUCAUGACCACGGGUCUUGACACUCUUUCAUUUCCCUCUUCCGGAGACGCGUUGUGGUGAGCGCAUUCCUGAACUCAAUCCGCUCCGUGGCCUUGGCCCAUUGCCACGACCUACCACUUCCCACCCACAUCACCCUACAUAGCAUCCCUCAAUAUGGCUGCAGAACUCGAUUUGCGUGCCAUUUCGGCUUUCUCAUCAGUCCCCGAAGCGAACAUCUCUUCUUUGCUCGACAAUCCUACAGCCGACCUCGUUCGUUCUUUACUGGUCGGCAUUGAGUCCAAGGUGAAAGAGUAUGAGCAGAAUAAAACACAAAAGGUCAAGCUCGAGGUCGAACUUGAGACUGUGGUUAGAACGAGUGAAUCCAAGGCCAAAGUUUUGCAAAACUCGCGGGAUAAUGCACUAGCAGACUCGUCCAAACUACGUGGUGAUCUACAAAAGUCUGAGAGUGCCAGGACACGUUUAGAAUCCGAACUCGAGCAGGUCCGCUCCGCCACUGCUAAUGAAGCCUCCGAAACCAAUUCCCUGAAAGCCCGGAUCUCCUCACUCGAAUCUGCCAACCGAGAUACACUAGCACUUCUAGAGUCUAAAAACGUUUCGUUCGAAAACUUGUCCCAAGAUCUUGCAGCUCAGCAUCAGAAAGCCGUUGACCUUCGGAAACAAAUUACGACCCUCGAGCAGGCUGUCCAGCAGGCCAACGCAGCUGUAGCAACGUCCAAGUUUAGAGAGCAGAGUCUUCAACAAGAGCUGGACUUGCUCAAGAAGAACAACGAAUGGCUGGAGAAUGAACGAAAAAUCAAAGCAGACGAACACAGCAAUUUCAGGAAGGAAAAGAAUGCUCGGAUAUCGGAACUGACCAGAUCCAACGAACAGUAUAUCUCCGAACUCGAAGCCCUGCGCCGAUCCGAAUCUCAUCUCAAAAACCGUAUUGAAGAUCAACAGUCCAAAUUCGAGGAUCUCCUCGAUGAGAUCCAAAAGCUGCGCGAGGAAAAGACUUCGUCCGAGGAUGCGCUCCGUAGCGAGAUCGAAACUACUCAGAGACUGGCAAACCUUCAGCAAGCCGCGGCCGAGACUGCAAAGGGACGUGUCCAAGAGUUGUCUGCUGCCCUGGAUGAACUCCGCGAGGAAGCCGCCGACGAGAUUGGUGCCAUCCGCGCCGAGAGCGAAUCUGAACACGCAGACCGCGUUGCUGCUGAAGAAAAGGUCGCUGAAUUGGAAGCUUCUCUCGAAAGCCUCAGGUCGGAACUCGACAAUGUCCGUGCAAGACCAAGCACUCCUCAACGAGGACUCAACGGUGCUGCCUUUUCCACCCCACUGCGCGCUGGCACUCCAAGCGCCAGCUUCACGCCUUCCAUUUCCAGGGGUAAGCCUCAGAUGACAUUUACUCAGCUCUACAACGAAUACCAAAAGAUGGAAAGUGAAUUCACUCGCGAACGACGGACCAAUGAACAACUCCGAUCCAACCUCGAUUCCAUGGUUGAGGAGCUUGAAAAUAGCAAACCGGAAAUCGAGGAACUACGCCUUGACCAUGAUCGACUGCAGAGUGAAAUCGUCGAGAUGUCUGCUAUCAUGGACAGCGCCAACGCCGAGAAGGAGGCUGCACUUAAAGAACUGAAAGCCACCAAAGGCCGCCUCGAUGCCAAAUCACAGGAAACACAGGUUUUGGCCCAGCAGCUACGCGAUUUAGGCUCUCAGAUCCGUCAUCUUAUGAUCGAACAGCAUGUUCGUGAGCGUGGUGAAACACUGACGAGAGAAGACUAUGAGCAGCUGGAAGCGCAAGCGAGUCAAGCCCUUGCUGAUGACCUGGCGGAUCUGUCCGAGACACAACAGGUCAUCAAUCAGCGCCUCAUAAUCUUCAGAAACAUUACCGAGCUGCAGCAACAGAAUGAGAGUCAGCUAAAGACGAUUCGAAACUUGGUCAAACAACUAGAGAGCAACGAAGCAAAGGAGAAGGACCAGCAGCAUCAUGCUCUCCAACAAGAUGUGGAACAUCUCCGACAGCAGGUCAGCACAUUGAAAGAUGAGCUAAAGUCUCAGCUUGCACAGAGCAACAGCUUUGCCAAGGAGCGAGAUAUCCUGCGCAGCAUGCUCACCAAGCGUGGUUUGCUGAAGGAUGGCGUUCAGCCUGCUGAUUUCUCGAGGUCUCUGCCAGUGCCCCGAGGAGAAUCACCCGCCGUAUCUGGUUCUGGAGAUGCAGACUAUGGUAAAUUGCUUAAGGAGCUGCAACAGCAUUUCGAUACCUAUCGAAGAGAGGCUUCCACCGAUCACACCUCUUUGAAGACUCAAGUCGACGACCUUACUCGAAAGAACUCGACCCUUCAGGCAGACAUCAGUCGGACUGUUGGGCAGCUGACCGCUGCCAACCAACGAUACGAGAUGCUGCAAGCCAACUAUAACUCUCUCAAGACCGAGAACAGCGAAAUCCAGAAGCGGUCUUGGUCUUCAAUGGAAAUGGCGGCGAAACAAGAACUCAAGACGCAACAAGUCGCAGAAGAACUUGUUGAGGCGCGCGGAUUGGUCGAUAGCUUACGGCGUGAUGCUGCCAAUCUCAAGGCUGAGAAGGACCUUUGGAAGAGUGUGGAGAGGAGAUUGGUGGACGAUAAUGAAUCUCUGAGAAAUGAACGCACUCGCCUAGGCGCACAUGCAGCCAGCCUUCAAUCCAUUAUCAAUGAACGUGAACAGACCGACUCAGAAACCCGACGACGACUACAAGCACAAUCUGAAUCACUGGAAUCUGAACUCCAAGCUGUAAAGAGAAAGUUGAACGAUGAAAUGGAGGAAAAUAAGAAAGCUUCUCUUCGACGCGAAUACGAGCACACCCAGAGUCAACAGAGGAUCGAUGACCUGGUCACCAGCCUUGGGGCGACGAAAGAGGAGCUUGCGUCCGCUAAGACGGCUCGAGAUCAUCUUCAGGCAAGAGUUGACGAGAUGACUGUGGAGCUCCGUUCUGCCGAAGAACGUCUCGAGGUCCUGUCGCGCCGGAAUGAAGCUGACAAUGAAACGAACGACAAAGAAGACAAUUCUUUGACCAAGGAACAAGAGUUGGAAGUGGAAGUUUCUGAGCUCAAGCGUGACCUCGAACUCAAGAACUCCGAGCUAGAACGACUCAAUGAGCAAGUCGAGGUAUACAAGAACAUUAGCCAAUCUAGCGAAGAACGUUUGCAGGAAUUGAGCGAGACCAAUGAUCAAUACCGCGAGGAGACAGAGGCCACGCUGUCAGAGAAGGAUGCGAAAAUCAAAGACCUCGAGCAGCGCAUCGAUGACAUUUCCUCCGAACUCAAUACCACCAACGCCGAGUUGUCUAGGCUUCAUGAUGAGCAGGGAGAAUUUACCCGAAAAGCCGAAGAAGCACGGUCUGCUAUGGAGUCACAAAUCGAACAGCUGAAGGUGGAGGCCGAGAAAAAUAUUGAACAAGCUCAGUUCAACCUGGAAGCGUCCAAGAUUCAAGCACAGAUCGCUACAGAGGCGCAACAAAAUUACGAGACCGAACUCGUGAAACAUGCCGAAGCAGCAAAGACCUUGCAAAUUGUUCGGGACGAGGCCAAUCAAUUACGCCUCCAAAUGGUCAGUUUCAAGACAGAGGCAGAGACUUCCAAAGCAAGCCUGGAGCAGAAAGACAUCAGCUUUGAGGAAAUGAGAGAUCGAUAUGAACGAGAAAUCACAGACCUGCGGAAACGACGAGAAGAAGUUGCACAGCAAAAUAACUUGUUGCACAGCCAGCUUGAGAGUGUUACUCAACAGAUCACCACUCUUCAACGCGAUCGUGCCGCGCUUGCCGAAGGUGAAAACACUGCAAAUGCGCCACAAGUUUCAGCGGAACUGGACAAGCUGCAGGAGGUUAUCACUUACCUCCGUCGCGAAAAGGAUAUUGUGGACGUGCAAUAUCAGCUCUCAACACAGGAAGCGAAGCGUCUCCGUCAACAACUCGACUUUACUCAGUCCCAGCUCGACGAGACUCGUCUCAAAUUGGACGAGCAGCGACGUAUCGAGGCGGAUGCGGAAAGAAAUGCGAUCAGCCACAGCAAAUUAAUGGAUACACUCAACGAGUUGAACCUCUUCCGUGAGAGCAGUGUCACUCUUCGUGCCGAAGCAAAACAAGCCAAGCAAGCAUUGGCUGACAAAGCGAGUCGAGUAGAAGAGGUCGAGGGGCAGCUGCAGACAUUACAAGCCCGAGUCGCAGAACUCGAGAACCUGGUCGAGCUCAGAGAGGGAGAGCUGAAGCUAGCACAAGAUGACCGUGAUCAUUGGCAACAAAGAACUCAGAACAUUCUCUCCAAAUACGAUCGAGUUGAUCCUGCAGAAUUGGAGGGUUUGAAGGGCAAGAUCGCCACUCUAGAAUCGGAACGGGACCAGGCUCGCUCUGAACUUGAAAGUGCAAUUGCCGAACGUGAUCAGGCAAAGACAGAACUUCAAUCACAGAGUGAAGAGACUCAGAAUGCCAUUAGGUCCGCGAACGCUGAACAGAAAACCAGACUGGAGACUCAGUUCAAGGAGGUCCUAAAGAAGCGAGGUGCCACUCUCAAUGAAGUCAAGGCACAGCUUGAUACGGCUCUGGCAGAGCGACAAUCCCUGGAAGAAGAGCUGAAUGCCGUCAAGGAGCAGCUGGCUACAUCUCAAGAAGAGGUCGCUACGAUGUCGCAAGCACAGUUGAACGGGGUUCACGACAAACCUGCCGAACAGGCUUCGACAGCCACCGAAGGAUCCGACAGUCGUAUCAAUGUCCUUGAAGCUAGAGUGGCGGAGCUCGAAAACUCGUUGGCGGCUAAAGACAAGGACAUCGAGGACCUGACCAAUUCGCAAGAGGAGAAAUUCAAAGCUCGUGUCGCACAUAAUGAAGGGUUGCUUAAUAAUCGACUGAAAUCAUUCAAACAGGAGGCACAGCAAACGAAAGCCACAGCUCUAGAGGAGCUUGUGGCCAGACUGACCGCAGAACACCAGAAAGAGAUUGAGUCACUCAAGGCACAAGCUGCGACGAACGCUUCGGCGCCUCCUGCGGCUGAAGCAGAAGCUCCGGAGACGCCUGCCUCUGACCCUCAGAACACCGAUGAGCAAGCUCCAGAACCCGCUCCAACCACACAGACUGAUGUGACUUUGUCAAACGAGGAUCUGGAUGCUGCAAUCACCACGAGGGAAAUUGCUCUAUACCUGGCUAGAAACAACGAGCAUUUGAAAGAUGUCAUCACAAAGAGCAUUAGGAGUCGUGUGACUAAAGAUACUGAAGCGCUACGGAAACAAUUCGAAGAAGAAAAAGCUGCUAUGAGCACGAAUGGUGCCAGCCAAGAGGAAAUUGAAAAGUUGGAACAGAAGUUCUCAUCAGAGAAGGAAGCUAUCCUCCGAGAGGCACAAGACCGGUUCGAUGCAGAAAAGAAGGCCCUCGAAACACAGUAUGAAGAGAGCUUAUCACGAGAAAAGCAAGCUCUUAUCGAGCAGCAUCAAGAACAACUAGAAACCCGAAAACUGCAAUUUGAUGAAGAGUCUGCCAAAAAGAUUGCUGAACAAGUCAGAAAUGCAGAGCAGCUGGCUGAAAAGAAGAGUCAGCUCAAGAUCAACAUGGCACAAAACUCGGCGCGUGCAGCCACAGCAAAACUCGAUGUUGUACGAAAAUCUGCGGAAGAAACUCCUGAGAAGGCGGUCGGAGAAGUGUGGGCGAUUGCCAAGGAUGCCAAACCUGCUCCACUACCAAAACCUGCGACAGCUGCUCCUGUGGCAGCGUCUGCCCCUCCGGCAACAGCUUCAUCUCCAGUGAAGCCUGAUCCAGCGCCAACAGCGAGCUCGACUGUAACGGCAGCCACAGAAGCCGCAGCUCCAGCCGCAACACCGCAGCAAACAGAGACAGCGCCAAGUAAGCAAGUCGACGAAGCGAAGUCAGCUGAAACCGGAUCUACAGAAAAGGCCAAGGAGGUUCCAGCUUCAGAGCCUGUGAAGCCAGCACAACCAGCACAAAACUCAACGCAACCACAGCAGUCGGGAAUCCCUCGGCCAGGUAGUUUUCGAGGACGUGGAACGAGUGGAAUUCCGCGAGGGCGUGGCGGGGCUCCUAGAGGGGGUCGAGGAGGAUCAAGUGCAAUUCCACAACAGGCCAAUAGGGGCGGUCAUGGCUCUGCAAGUCCAGGAAGAGGUGGCUUGAAUCCCAGCGCGGCGCAGUUUACUCCGGCAGGCAACAAGCGAGCUCGUGAUGAGGGCGAGUCGGCGGACUUUGGCCAGGGAAAACGACCUCGUGGGUCGGGUGCAGGGGCUUGAAUGUGGGGGACGUGCAAUUACUAGGAGUGGGGGGCUUCACAAGACUACUUCCUCAACUUUGCAUAGCGACGGUGCUUUUCAUGUGUUCGGGUCAGAAUUGCUUUGUUCAGAUGGAUGGUCACAAGACGAAAAAUGGAAAUGGCAAGGGCAUAAUAACGGCAUGCAGAUGAAUCAAGGCACAAGAGAGUUGAGGCUUUGCAUGUACAAUAUAUUAAAAAGUGUUCGAUCCAAGAAAUGUGGUUCUAUUGGUGA